AUGGCGCGAGGGCGGCGUGAGUCAUCAGCGGUGGCGGCAUCAUCAUCUUCUUCUAAAUCGCCGCCAGGGAAGAAGGGGGGACGGAAACUGCCCGUUGUCAAGUCAACGUCCAUUGCCGCGGCGCUUCGACAGGCCUCUUGCGACUCUAACGAGAGCGCUGUGAUUUUGCGUGGCAAGGCGGGGGUGGGCGUCAAAGGGCAGGGUGCAUGCACGGCAGAUGUGCAGUCCCACCCGCAGGGCAGUCGUUUACGUCUGCAGCAAUCGGCACCACAAAUCAGCUUUUGGAAGGGUAUUUGUCGACCGACCUUGUUGGUGCAGGCGCUUGCUAAAAUUGGAACACUGGUAGAGGCGGAGACCGCGUUGCUUUUUGCCAAUUCUAGGGUGCGAUACCCGUUUUCGGCGCUAACCGUGGAACGAGUGUUGACGGCAAUCCAAGCUAUUGUUGAUGCCGCUGAGCUUUUACGGACGGUUGGAACCGAUGGCAACCGUGCCGUAUUUUCGAACGACGCAAUGUGCCAAAGGUGGAGAGUCAUAAGGAAGCUGAUUGAACUGGCUGAAGCUGCAGUGCCCAUGAAGGUGUCUCUCCUUGCCGGUUCUACCACCGCAUGCGAAAGCGUCACGGCGGGUCUGCCCCCAGUUAGCCUUUGGGCCUUGAAUGGGCGUUUGAAAUGUUUGCAACGUCUUUUGCAGCUGCGUGAGUGUCACUCACGCAUUAUCUCUACGCUCCGCCUGUGCAAAACGAGAAAUGAGGUGUCUGCCGCUCUCUUUGGUCCCUCCAUGAUUGAGGCUGCCACCAUAGAGCCGAUGCCUGGCGUGGCCUAUUGGCAUCAAGGGGAGCAAUGUGUGAUUAAGGGUUUAAUGGCAGAGGUGAAUGACAUAACUCCCUGCAGUGAAUCAUGGGGUCCCUCGUCCAUCACGCCGCUUCGUGUUGCCGGUGGGUCUUAUGUCCUUCACAAGCAUUCCCGUUUUGAGACCCUGGCGUGUUUAUUGAGAGUUGCAGAGUUUAUUGGUCUACCUCCCUUUUUGCGCUCCAUCCGCAUUGCCGGUGGAAGAUCGCGUGUAUUUCAACCACAGCCAUCCAAAAUGAAAUCAGUGGAUGAUGGCUCGCUGCAUAUUUACAAGGAAUCCCUGCCGCUUCUUUUCCCGUCAUCGGACGACUUGGACCCGCGACACUUUGAGGCUCCGGCUUCCAACCAUGCGCAGCUUGUGCAGGAAGAACUUGUUAAAUUGGCGGGUCAGCACUGCUGCUUUGGUGCAUUGGUGGGCGAAGCAGACCAAGUGGUGGCUUUGCUCCAUGAAAGCGCGGCGUGUCUACAACGGCGAAAGAUGGCGUCGUGUGACGAGAGGACGGUGGCGAUAAAGGUUGAACGGGAAGAGGACGACGGCGGCGACAGACCCCUGCAGCGGGGGGUGAUGGAUGCAUCAGGCGACGAUCCGCUCCGUGCCUACGCCGAAUUGCUUCUGCAGGCUGCGAAGGAGGAAAACAGUAAACAGAACCGGGUGCGUUGGCUUUACGGUAACCGUUGGAGCCCUACGAUGUCUUACUACGCAUUGGUAAUUGCCGCGGCGCUACCCCACAAAACCAAUGACGUAAUGGAGGCAGAGGAAGACAGGGAGGCAGGGCGUAGAGUUGAUUUUGUGGCGUCGUAUUAUGUAGCCGCCGUUUUAGAACUCACACGUUUUUAG